UUUCCAGGGAAUCUUAUCAAUAAAAAAUACAUGUGUUCAUUUACGUUUCUAUGUUCAUAAAAAUGAUAAUUAAUCUGAGUCUUCUAUUCCUUUGUGUUAUUUUAACGAGCGCAGAAAAACAGGACGGUUACUGUGAUUUAAAAGAAAAGACCUGUGAUAGAGAUUUUUUAAAUGAAAAGUUUAUUAUAUACGAUGUAAACCCACCGGAAGGGUUUAAUUUGAGAAGGGAUGUCUACAUGAGAUUUGCAAUCAUGCUAUCGGAUGCUAGACAACAUCACGAAAAUUGGAAAUUAAUUUUGCCUCCUUGGUAUAGUUUAUAUCACUGGAAAGCGAAACAAAACGACUAUCCACUGCCUUGGAGUAAAUUUUUCGAUGUGAAAUCUUUAAAAAAAUUCGCACCCGUAGUGGAAUUACACGAAGUUUUUUCGAAAAUAGAUUCAAAUAUUUUUACAGUUGAUCGUUUAUAUGUAUUACAAAACUAUGAUGAUGCAUUCGAAAACGGUGAGUUUAGAGAUAAAUGGGAGAUUGGAGGGGACUGUGAUUAUGAUGGAAGUUUUUGGGGAUAUAAUAACAUAACAGUCAAGGAAACAAUAUGUGUAAAAUAUCAGGGCCGUAUAUCAAAGUUAUGGGAACUGAUAUCUUUAAACCCAACAGAUAAGUUCGUGAUGUUCGCUCAUGGUGAAAUACCCCUACAUGAUCAAUAUGGCACUAAAACAUUUUGGGAUUGCAGAAAAAGCAUGAAAUUCAAUAAAAAUCUCAUUAGUAGAGCUAAAAAAUACAUAUCCGAAUACUUCGAUUGCAAUAAUAAAAUCUGUAAUACUUAUGUGAGUGUUCAUUGGAGACGACAGGAUUUCGCUCGAUCACGUAAAAAAGAUAUUCCGUCAAUUGCAGGAACGGUAAAACAAAUUGAUAACGCUAUCAAAAACUACAAUCCACAAAUUGUUAAUAUCUUCAUAGCAUCCGAUGGGCAGAAUUCCGAAUUAAUUAAAUUGGAAAAACAACUUAGUGAUAUCGGGUAUAAGGUCCACUUUUAUUUACCGACACAAUCUGAGUUAGAUACAUUUAAAGAUGGUGGCGUAGCUAUCAUUGACCAGAUUAUAUGUUCACAUGCCGCAUACUUUAUUGGUACAUAUGAAAGUACGUUUACGUUCCGUAUACAAGAGGAAAGAGAAAUUUUAGGUUUUGACAGUGCUACUACUUUUAAUAGGCUAUGCCCGGAUAAUGGUAGGUGUGAGGCGCCUUCAAAAUGGAAAAUUGUCAAUUGAUUAAUGAGUUCUCAUUCCACGAACUAAAUUAACAGCACUUCUCCUUUGAAACCCUAUGAAAUAAUAAAUUAAAAAUGAAAUUGCAAAUCAAGCUUUUUUGUACUUGUUGAGAGCCAAUUUGAGUCUAUCGUCGGUUCGGAUGUGCAAUUAAAAAUAUUUUUAAUUACAUCAAAGAUGUAAAACUUUUCAUGCGCAUACUUAAAUACAUGCACUUUUCUGUGUCUGUGUCGUUGAUUGUUGUAGUUCCAUUGGCUAAAGCCAACCCUAGGUGCAGGUUCAGAUUAUGCUACCGUAUAAAUGAAUUAUUAUUGGUAGUGAAUUAACUUAUCAGUUAGUUAAUAUAGAAGUAUGGAAGAAGAAAACAUGCUGCGCCGACCCCAAGUAAAAUUUGGAUAAGGGCAGGAGGACGAUGAUGACUGAACGAACUUAUCACUAGAAUAUCAAUGCUGUAAAGAUCAGAAGAGGAAAUUUUUAUUCACAUUGUAAGAUUAAAUGUAAACAAACUAACGAACAAUCAAUGCAUGUUAUAUAAAAGCUUGCAAACAAAAAAAGAUGUGUUGUCGGACUCUAUAUACAUAUAUUGUGUAUUAAAGGAAAUAAAUUAACAAAAUUUGAGAAAAAUUAAAUGGCUAUAAUAAAAUUGUUAUUGAAUGAAUUAUGACAAUGACGAAAAUAAGUUUAAAAUGUUAUUGUAAUAGAGGUAAAGAGAAAGAGAGGGGUCGCGCGGAGGGGGCAUAAUGCUUUAUCUUUACCUGAUGAUUUCAGCCAGUUCACUCAACUGUAAAAUAUAAGAACUUAAUUUAAAAAAAAAAGUUAUAUCCUGUUAAUUUAGCUUAGCUGUAAGAAUGUGAAAUCAUAUUGAGCUCAAUUGUUAUUAAUUAAUAUUUUAAAAUAAUAAUAUUGUUAAUGUAAUUAAUGACUUCCAAUUAGUGUUUUAAACAUGUGCCAUAAUUAUUUUUUAGUCUUAAACCAAAGAUUUUUAGUAUGUUACUGAAAAUUUACGAAUACUAUUUUUUUUAAAUGUUUGUGUUUUUUCUUAU